AUCUCGCGAGAUAUGACGAACACAUCCCGUCAUCCUUUGCCAAAAAUGGCGGCCAGACCCCCCAAAAAAUAGCGGUACAUGUUCCUUCUUUCUAUCAUUGGGAACGGUGUGGUGUUUAAACUCUUUAUAGAAGGCAAUACAUUUUGUAUUCCCUCUAACAGGUAUCUUCAACACGUCACCACUUCAGAUUAACAGAGUAAAACUUGGACAAUGACAUCACCACAGAUGGCCAAGUCUCAGACAUACAAUUUCAUGGUCCUGAGUAAGAAUGUUCUGUCAGGAGAAGAGGCUGACCUGUAUGAGCUGUGUAACCUUGCAGGCAUCACCAUGGACCCUCAUGUCUUUAAGAUUGUGCUGGACCUGUUACGGCUGAACGUGGCGCCCAUGACCAUCCUCCAGGUACUGAAGUCCAUGGCCAACAGUGCCAUCAAGUCUCGUUCUGCUGGCGGGGAUACUGAAGCUGCCCACUCCCACACACACAAGGACACAUCCAAUGUCUCCAGUUCCUCCGACUCAUCUAGCAGAAGCUUGCACCGCCAGCCCAGAACAAAGACUUCACACAAACUGUCAUACAAAGGACACAAGUCCUAAAACCUGGAUUUAUUCAUCACUCAAUCUUGAUGCAGGGGACAAAAUUCCUGAAUCUAUGGACUAAGUUAUACUGUCCUAAUCAGAUAAACAUGUACAUAUAUCCUAGGAAAGCCUAAGGCUAUUCCAUGGAAGCAGACAGUUUUAGUAUAGUCUUCAUUAUCAUGGCACUUAAAAAUCAGAAAUCAUCCUGGCAUUAUGAAGAUGAUACUGGAUACAAAGGGUCAGACAUUUCAGUUAGCAUCCACUACUUUUCUUCAGUGAUCCUGAGCAAGAUCUUUUUACCAAGUUUGUAAUCAUGUUUGAAAACCUGUUAAAAACCUACUGAUCAACAGAUCUGCUCGGUGUCACUCACUGACAAAAGGUAUUGGAUACUGAAACGUCUGACCAUUUCCAUAACCUAUCCAGUAACUUGCUUGAGUAACUGUUAUCUUGAUACCUGCAUGUUUAAUCUUUAUCAACGUAACAUGGCAUUAGCUUUUGGCUUCCUACUUUAACUUUAAGGGAAUAAACCUUUCAUACCUGA